AUGGCAGAACCAGAACGUCACACGUUUACCGUCUUCCAACAGGACUUCACCAUCGACAAGAGGUUUGAGCUAAUCAAGGAGCUAGGCCACGGAGCUUAUGGAAAUGUGUGCUCAGCACGCUAUACAGAGACACCUGACAUCACCGUUGCGAUCAAAAAGGUGACCAAUAUCUUCAGCAGGAAGAUCUUGUGUAAACGAGCACUCAGAGAAAUCAAGCUGUUGAGACAUUUUAGAGGUCACAAGAACAUCACGUGUCUAUACGAUCUGGAUAUUGUCAAUAAGAACGACUUCAACGAGGUUUACCUGUAUGAGGAGCUGAUGGAGUGCGAUAUGCACCAGAUCAUCCGUUCAGGACAACCCCUAACAGAUGCCCAUUAUCAGAGCUUCAUAUAUCAGAUUCUCUGUGGUUUAAAGUACAUCCAUUCUGCCGAUGUUUUACAUAGGGAUUUGAAGCCUGGUAACUUACUUGUCAACGCUGAUUGCGAGUUGAAGAUUUGUGAUUUUGGACUUGCCCGUGGCUAUUCAUCAAUACCUGAGAAGAACACCGGGUUUCUAACUGAAUACGUUGCUACUCGCUGGUAUAGAGCUCCGGAGAUUAUGCUCAGCUUCCAGUCUUAUACAAAGGCCAUCGACGUCUGGUCCAUUGGUUGUAUACUUGCUGAGUUACUUGGUGGGAAGCCGAUAUUCAAGGGUAAGGAUUACGUUGAUCAACUCAACCAGAUCUUGUACAUUGUUGGCACACCAGCAGAGGAAACACUAACUAGAAUUGGAUCGCAAAGGGCGCAGGACUAUGUAAGAUCGUUACCGUUUAUGCCUAAGGUGCCUUUCUCACAGCUAUACCCAGAUGCCAAUCCAGAUGCGUUGGACUUGUUGGACCGGAUGCUCUGUUUGGAUCCUGCAAAGAGAAUCACCGUUGAGGAGGCAUUGACACAUCCUUACCUCAAAGUAUGGCACGAUCCAGCAGAUGAGCCAAUCUGUGCAUCGAAAUUCGACUUCACUUUUGAAGAGGUUGACGAUUUGGACGUAAUGAGAACCAUGAUCUUGGAGGAAGUUGAGAGCUUCAGGGAGUUUGUGAGAAAGCCUAUUGAUGAACAACAAUUGGAACUCUCCAACCCGGAGGCCAUGGGACAUGGACAACAUCAACAGGAGGACCAAUACAGUGAGCAGCAGUAUCAACAGGACCAAAUACAUGAAAGUGUACCGGCAGUACCAGCUUCAGAACAGCAACAACAGCAACAGUUCCAGUUUGGCACGCCAAUACAGCAGUCGUUUUUCCCACAAGCUGGCGAGAGCCCAGUGGGACAGAUCGGUAUACCCCAAGGUCAAUUCACCUCAGAUUUACCACCUAAGCCUGAAGAGGUGUAUAAUGAUUCGUUUAUCGAUCUAGAGAGGGAGUUAGGAUACGGAUUGGAUGGAAUUAGAAGGUGA